AUUUGUCGCUGGGCGACUAAUCUCCCGAAAUAGCAGCGUGUCUCUCUGCCGUUAUCUGUCACAAACAAUUGUGUCUCCCAGUGUCUAAAGCUACCCAUAUGCAUAAAGUUAAAGUCGUACGGCACAAAGAUGUGAAGAUGAUGGAACUCAGCCUAUCCACAGUGCCUCUCUAUGGUCAGAUGACUGUAUUUGCAACUUUCGGGCAAGAUCUUCAUCUCCCUGAAGAUGCAGAAUUCUACUUUGUUUACAAUGGAUCCAGCCAGAGGCACACAGUAUUUGCUGAGCGUCUUUCUUCAAAUGUCCUGCGCUCUGUUUUUCCAGGCCACAACUGCCCAGAACCUGUAAUUGUUACCGUGUGUAUGCACACAGAGGGCUACUCACCGGUGAUCGUGGCUUGCACGCCUGUUACAUACGUGAGGGACCCUGCAUGCAACAUCUCCCACUACCUGAAACUGCACUGUGGAAGUCUAUCCCCCACCAGCCAUGAGACAAUACUCACUCAUUUUGGAGUGACAGUUAAGGAUUUGCUCCGUAUGGACAGAAACAUGAUGCUGUGCCUUGCUAGCGAAGAAUUAAAGCCUACUUGGAAUAUCCUUGGGUCUGCUUCUGAAGCAGACAGUUUUUGUGGGGAGACUUUACUUCAUCUAACAGCAAGAUGGGGAUUGGAAGAAGUCUUUCAUUUCCUUUUGUGCCAGCCUGGAGGGGUAUCUGCAUUACAAAGAGAAAAUGAAGAUCGGGAAACCCCAAUUGACAUUGCAGUUCGCAGUGGACAUACUGGAUUGGUUGCAUGCUUAAGAAAUUUUCAGGAUUCGCCUCCCCUCGACUCCUUCACCAUUGCGAUCGAAGAGAAUUACUUCUUACGAUUCUUCCAUUCAACCACAGUGCAGACACUGACUCUGAUUCAGCCUCAGGGGAAGUCACUGGAGUCAGACAUCGAGCUCUUCAGGAAAUGCCUGUGGGACACCCACUUCAUUAAAAAGAUAACAAGCCCAAUGCAAAAUCCAGAUCAUAAAAUACAUAACCAGGCCGAUGAAAUACAAAGAGAAGAAGCAGCAGGAACUGGCUAUAUAGCCAGAAAAAACAUGGAUUCAGACUCAGACUCACCUUUCAAUUAUUCCUGGCCUUCUUUUCCAAAAAUGAGGAUUCACAGAAAGUCAUCUAAACAAGAUAAAAGGUAUUCAUCAAUAGAUGUACUCAAGAGGCUAAAACACCCGCCUACAUUUCUUGCUGCAUCCAGACUUUCUGCCAUGCUGAAUGGAAGUGAUGAGGUGUAUGCUAAUAGUAUGGUGGUGGAUGAGGUGACUGAUUCAGAGAUCAACUAUAUUCAUUUGGACAAUGCCAAUGUUGAAGGCUCACCUACAGACCGUUCAGACUCCACCCUGACGGCAGAUAAAACAAAUAAUUAUAGUGUUUGUGCAUCUCCUGAGAGAAACAGAGCAGAAGAAAACAAUGUGGACGAGGCAGACCUGCCUGCCUUCCUUUCACCUUCCCAGCUGUACUCAGGUGCAGCACCGAGACAAAGCAGAACCCUCGCGGGCUAUGCUGCUGAAAGGAGCAAAGUCAUAAAGAGAAGAAGCUCAAGCCUUGAUGGUCUCGAUGCUGACAGCGAAGGAGAAGGAACAUAUCCAAGAUACAGUGCUGGGUCUUCGUUUAAACAGGAUUCUACUGCUCUUCUGGGAAACAGUGGGGAUGAACUUGACUCUCCUGAAAGAAAUGCUGAACCUGACUUUCCAAUUAGAGGAUUGGGAACAUUGCCUCUUCGGGGAAAGGAUUCACUAAUCACAGGUGUUCGAUUGCGUUCAUACUCCUGUUCCUCGCCAAAGCUGUCUGUUGGAAUAUCUCGCUUAGGAAGGGACCACUCUGUUGAUGACACAAGUGAGGAUGGUGUGGUCAGCUUCAGUGGUCGCUCACUCCUCCAAGCACUUACAUUGUCUAAAUCAGUAUAUCUUCUUCACCCUGGUAAGCAACGGGCGUACAGCCUCCCCGAUCAACUGAGAGAAAAAAGAUUAACAACUACUGAGCUUUACUUUGCUAGGAUUGAGGAGGAGGAAUGGGAUAAAUACACAACCCCUGCAAAGCCGGAAUCUGAAAAGAACAAAGUCAGCCGGACAUUCAGCUUCUUGCGAAACAGGAUGAGCAGCACCAGGAACAAAAGCAAGGUGAAAAAUAAGGAUAUGAAAGAAAAGCUGAACAGACAUCAGUUUGUGAUGGGAACAUUUUCUGGGGUGGUUCCGUGCAUGGUGUGUGAGAAGGCACUCUUGGGGAAGGAGUCUCUGCAGUGCUCCAGUUGUAAUGUGAAUGUACACAAAGGCUGCAAGGAGUCUACUCCUGCAUGCACCAAGAGAUUCCAAGAACGAUAUCACCCAAAGAGCAAGCAGGCAGCAGUUAUAACAAAUUCAUCAUAUAAAGAUAUCCCACAACCUGUUCAACCUACAAUGCAUAUCUCUACUUCUGUACCUCUGGGACUCUCCUCUGGCAAGAAAGAGACCACUCACUCUACUCCGCUGCAAUCUAAAAACAUCCCUGUGUUGGGCAUCGAUAGAAGGUCAGAUCCCUCAUUGGAAUCAGAUGGGGACACUAGUGGCUCUAGAUCGAGAUCUCAGUCUGAAGAGCUGCUGCAAACUUUGGGCACAACUCCAUCCAUGGACUGUUUCACAAUUGAAGAUGUAGUAGAUACAACUCUGUGGAGUGACUUCAGUAACGACAUGCAGGAGUUCGAGGCAGAGUCAUGGAGUCUUGUGGUCGAUCCAUUAUUCUGUGAAAAACAAAAGAAAGAUGUUAUAAAGAGGCAAGAUGUCAUUUUUGAACUGAUUCAGACGGAACUCCAUCAUGUCCAGACCCUGCUAAUUAUGUCUGAGAUAUUCAGAAAAGGGAUGAAAGAAGAGCUUCAGUUGGACCACAGCACAGUGGACAAAAUAUUCCCUUGCCUGGAUGAGCUGCUGGAGAUCCACAAGCAGUUCUUCUCCGGCAUGAAAGAAAGGAAACAGGAAUCUAGGGAAGGCAAUGACAAAAACUUUAUCAUCAGAAGAAUUGGCGAUAUCCUCGUACAGCAGUUUUCAGCAGACAAUGGCAGUAAAAUGAAGAAGAUCUAUGGAGAGUUUUGCAGUCACCAUAUCGAAGCACUGAGCUUGUUUAAGGAGCUACAGCAGAACAAGAAAUUCCAGAACUUUAUUAAACUGAGAAACCGCAAUCUCCUGGCUCGCCGUCGGGGCAUCCCGGAAUGCAUCUUGCUUGUAACUCAGCGCAUCACAAAGUAUCCAGUGCUUGUGGAAAGGAUAUUAAAAUACACCACUGAAGGGACAGAGGAGCACACAGAUCUCUGCAAAGCCCUGGGGUUGAUGAAGGAGCUGCUGGGAGCAGUGGAUUUGCGGGUCAAUGAGUUUGAGAAAGGGCAAAAGCUGCUAGAGAUUCUGAAUAAAAUUGAAAAUAAAACCUACACCAAAUUAAAGAAUGGCCUGGAAUUCAGAAAGCAGGACCUGACGAGCAAAGGGCGGGCGUUGCUGCGCGAGGGAUUGGUGUUUUGGAAAACAGCUACUGGUCGACUCAAAGAUAUUCAAGCACUUCUGUUAACAGAUAUCUUGCUGUUUCUGCAAGAGAAAGAUCAAAAAUAUGUUUUUGCUACUGUGGACCAGAAACCCCCAGUUAUUUGCCUUCGGAAACUUAUUGUGAGAGAAGUAGCAAAUGAGGAGCGUGGGAUGUUUUUGAUAAGUGCUUCAUCGGCUGGACCUGAAAUGUAUGAGAUUCACACCAGUUCCAAAGAAGAGCGCAAUGCCUGGAUGAGGCAGAUUCAGGAGGCCGUGCAGAGCUGUCCGCAGGAAGAUGAAGGUAAAAGCUGUGAAUCCGAUGAAGAUAAACGAGUGGCAGAGGCCAGAACAGUGAAGGCUCAGAAGUAUCAGGAUACGCUGACCCUUCAUGAUCAAAAUAUUUGUAAUACUUUGGAGGAGAAAUUACAGAUCUACGCAGAACUCGCAGCCUUAAACGCAAAGAGCGACAUGCACUUGGAACCUCACCUUUUCAUCAAGGCAGAUUCAGGGGAGAUUCCUCAGGCAACGGCUCUCUUGGCUACUGCACUAAAGGAGGCUGAAAAUCUCUACGCAACUGUAAAAUCACAAAUGGACAAUCCAUGUUGGUCACCUGAUUAUGAGAGCAAACUGAGAAGAAGUCGUUCUGCUGAAACUUUAGAUGAAGAACUAGAGACAUCGUAUCACUCCCAGAGUCCAGAAGCAGGAGAAAGAAGAAAGCUAUCUUAUGAUGCCAAUAUUUCUCAUGUAAAGAGUGACAGGGAUCUGGCCUACACAGAGGAAAAUGUUCUACAAGAGGUGCAUAACCUGACUCGCCUGUUGUACAGCAUUCAGGCUACCGUUGCUAUGCAAGACAGCCACAUAGAACUGCAUAAAGCGUUGCUGCAAGAUUAUGAAUUGGGCAAUAGAUGUUCCCCCGGUUCCCGUGGAAGUGUACUAAACGAACAUGAGAAAUAUCGAAACUUGGAAAAGCACCGCAUUGAGAUGGCCAAUUUGCAUAAACUCCAGCAGCAGUUUAAUCAAGAACAACAACGCUGGCUGCGCGAGUGUGACCAAAAACAGAGGGAGACUGAGGAGAAGGAGGACAUGCUCCAGCAGAAGGAGCACGAGUGUCAGAGUCAGGAACAGUUUGUGCACCAAAAGAGGGAGGAACUGGACCAACAGCAGCAAGAAUUCCAGCAAAAUCUGGAGAGGCUACAAGAAGGUCAUAGAUUUGUGGAGAGGGAAAGGGAGGAUCUGGCUGUGAAACUGAACCUCUGGAAGCACCUUAACCACCAUCAGCCAAGGAGUCUAUUAACUGAGGAACAGGGUGUCGGAAGCGGUCGUUCCGUCAGUUUACAAGAUGAAGACUCUGUGAAUAUUAACAGUGCCUUGGCUGGGAUAUCACUCAACACCAUCACAACAUUUCCAGCCCCAGACUACCCAAAUGCACAUUUGUUUCACAACUCCAGCUCACACCUUGCACAGUCUACUGAGAAAAAUACAAUGGACACUGCUAAUGAGCCUUGGAGCUCUGUGGUCUCUCGACACCAAAGACUUGAAGGAUCUUCACACAUUUCCCGGCACAAGGAUGCAUGUAACAAUGAUCUGAAUGCAGCUCACGUUAUUUCUUGUGGUGCGCUACUUUCCCCGCCUAACGCAGCGGAGCCCACGGAACCACUGACCAAAACAGCAGAAGACACUUCACAUCCUUUGGAAAAUGGCAAAAUUGAAGAGAACGUAGUUUACCUUUGACUCCAGACCAUUCCCUGCUAGCUGGUGGACAUUUCCUUACAAUCAGACAAUGGACAGGAGAAAAUGAGGAUUUUUCUUUCUUAAUUUAUGUUUAUUACUGAUUGCCAUUGAGUGGCAAUGAUACAUGUGGAUUCUUAUGGCUUUUCAGUUGUGUGUCUUGAUUUACCAGUGGAGCCCAAUGCAAAUAACAGUGUGAGUGACACUACCCAUCAAUCUCAGGGUUUACCCAGCGACCUACAAUCCAUUCUGAUGGCCUUUGGGCUUCUACAGAGGACAUUCCAAUGUGUUCUUCUGUAUCUCAAACUGAGGGCCCGAAUAAAGCCCAUGGAUGUCUGUUACAUGCCAUUUCAAGGAUAUUUCCAUGAACUGCUCAUUGAACAAAUGGAAAUAAGCAACCAAUCCCUGCAGGCCCUUGUAUAAGUAUUUAAUGGCUGGCACUGAACAUGUUGCUUUGUGAUCCUGUUGCUCAGUGAGCCGGGGGAUAUUAUUUUUCUUGUGGAAAACUAAGUUAUAUUUAAGUAUAAUGUAAAUCCCUCUUGUCUACAGCACCUUUUGCAAGUUAUUGUUCUGCAACAGUGUCAAACAAUAUAUAUUUACCCAAGAAUAUAUCUUUACAGUGACAUUGCUCAGAGAACUCUUCUGAGCACUUUUGCAGUAUUUAUGAAUGUAUUUAUUUUUUUUCAUGAUAUUAGUAGUUGUAAAUGUUUGUGAAGCAAUCUGCAGUUCUGUGAGAGUGCUGCUCAAUGUGACAGGAGGGAUAGAGUUCAGAGGUGACAAGAGACGCUUCCUGCUUCAGUAAAUUAAACUUUUGCCAUUCUCUACAGCAGAACAGCAGAGGACACUCCUGUUUUCACAUUCAUGAUAUUAGCAGUGCUAAUAUCAAGAAUAAAAAUAUGGAAAACAAAUCAUGUAAAUUGCAAAAGUGCUUAGAAGAGCAAUUUUACAUUCAAUUAUACAGUUGGGUAUGUGUCUCUUUUAACACAUUUGUGCUGUUAGCAUGUGCCAGAACUUCUGUUGGAAUCAUAAUACUGUUCUAUGCUGUCUGGUAGGAAGAGCUGCACAGAGUGUGUGUAAAGGAGAAGGAAACCCUUUUGGUGCAAAACCCCUCCCCCCGUAGGCCCCCCUACCUCC